AGUUGAAGAAGUCCUCAUCCGAAGUCGAGUCAUGGAAUUAGAAAGUCCUGAACCAGUUACGGCUAAACGCGCCGAAUACGAUGAUGCUGAUGACUUUGAAACAUAUGACCAGGUGACAGUGGAGCUGAAUAAAGGACUUGUGUUGAAUGAUUUACAGAGUGAAAGCGGCGCUCAAUUUGAAGUCAAGACUCCAAAAGAAUUAACAGAUCCAGACACAGAUGCCUACUUUGAAACGGAAGAAGUUUUCAAGCAGCUAAACAGAGAAUGUCUGGGAGAAGAUGACGACGGUGAAGAUGAGGGUCUGGCCCCUUUUGAGAAGAUCGCCAAGAAAAUGGAGGAUAUCACUCCAGAGAAGGAUAGGAAAGUUCUCAAGAGCCUCCUCAAGCAAGGCACAGGAGCCUUGCCCAUCGUAGGGAUGACUCUCACAGUACAUUAUAAUUGCUAUGUAGAGUACAGUGAUGAGCCGUACGACUCAACGCGUCUGAGGAACAGACCAGAGAGAUGCAAACUAGGGGCAGGGUCUGUUAUUCCUGGUAUGGACCUCGCCCUAAGUACGAUGCGCACAGGGGAGAUGUCCAAGUUUCUGAUCCAUCCUGACCACGCCUACGGAAAGCUCGGUGUACCUCCCAGAAUCCCUGCCAAUGCUUCAAUUCUAAUGGAGAUUGAGCUUCAGAGCUUCACAGACCGUGCUGAGCUAGACGAGUUUAACAACAUGAGUGAAGAGGAGCGCAAGGAAAUCACUUUCAAGAGAAAGCUCAAAGUAGUCGACACAGAAAGACAGGAGGGAAAUGAUCUCUUCCAAGACGGGAAAUAUAAGUCUGCAUUAUCAAAAUAUAUAAGGGGUUUGAGGAUCUUGGAAGGUGCACAUAUGAGGAACCAAGAGGAGGAGGAUCAGAUGAAACACGUCCAUAUCAAGCUCUGCCUCAACAUCGCCCUCUGUAGCUCCAAGCUCAAAACACCGGAGAGGGUCAUCUCAUACUGCAAUCGGGUGCUUGAAGUGCAACCCAAGCACCCCAAAGCUCUCUACAGGAAAGGCAUGGCCCUGAUGGAGCUGCAGGAUUUUAAAGGUGCCCAUCGAUUCCUGAGCAAGGCCCAGCAGCAGCAUCCCUCCGAUGCGUCCAUACUCAGCGGGCUCAGGGAGCUGGACACGGCAUGGAAGAAUUGGAAUCUGAUGGAACGCAGUCGCUAUGACAACAUGUUUCCUGACUGGAAGAAAGAUACCAGGCCGAAAGACGAUGGAAAGACACAGGGGAAAGUACCUGAAGAUGUUCAGAAAAACAUCAGAGACAAGUUACGGGUCUUUCAGGAAGCAAACAAGAAGAAUGAGAUGACCUUCCAGGCCAAGUCCAUGGCACCAUCUGAAAUCAACUUCCUGGAGACAGCCGCUAAGGAAUUAGGCAUGACAUUCCAAAGAAGAGAAUAUCAAGGGGAGAAGAUUAUCAAGAUCAUGAAGGACCGUCCAAGCAACACUAAGAAGUGAAAGAACUCUCCUCCUUGCCAGAACCUUAUAAACAUUCAAACCCACCGUGCCUGCCAAACAUUACUGCUCCUGCAGUCUGGUUAGCAUCUGUCUUGCUUGCUUGCUUGCGGACGCUAGAGGAUUUGUGCCAAUAAAUACAUUUGUUUUAUCAUCAUCAGUAUUAUUGUUAUCGUCAUCAUUUCAUUGGCAGACGAGCCGAGGUCAGACUGCAAUGAAAGACACCGAAGUUUGUUUAUUCUUCAAACAUCUCAGGCAGAAUUCUGCAGGAGAAACGGUGAGAAAGAUCUUCAACGGCUGAAAAAGUUUUGCUACUCCAGAUUUGUUAACCGAUUGCGUAGAGGAGUAAGGAUUCUCCUGUAUUAAAGCCUAUGGGAUUGGAAGACUUCAGUCCUCAGUGGAUUAUAUGUUUCAACAUCUCAAGUUUAGAUGGAAAGACGGAUAGACUGUUGUUGUGUUGAGAAAUGAUCAUUUACAUCAUUCUUUGGAUUUACAGAA